UUUCAUACAUACAUAAAGCAAGAUUUUCUGCAUCUAUAGGUUAAAAAAAUAUCCCUGCUCAUAUUUUAAUGAACAUUAUUAAAACUAAAUAUAAAGAGCAUUGCUAAAAAGGUAUAUUUGACACAACAUUUUUUUAGGCUCAUACAGCAAAGCUGUAGAAAAAUGUUCCCGUGUGGUGGAGACUUCAAAUAUUGAAACAGAGGACACCACAAGAACUAAAAAGAGGGCACAGAAGAAGCCAAAGAGAUUUUGGUCAGAAAAAGAUUCCUCCUCAAGUGAUGAUGGCAGAGUUUUAGCAAAGAAGAAGUCAACAAAAAGUAUAUAUAAACCUGUUCCACCUAAAUACACACCCUUGCCCAAGACUCCUCUGGACAUGGACAACAAUGACAUUUCAAGUGGUUGUUCUGUGAAUUCAGAAGAAUCACUGCAGACGUACCCACAGCAAAGUGUGUCUGACAAUCUUCAAGUUGCCUCACAGCUCCUUUUAGGAGAGCCCCAGUCUUCGUCUGAAGCAGCAACAAAGAACUAUCGCACAAAAGUCUUGCAAAAGUUGCAAGACAUUGUUGAAAACCAACAAGAAAUCCUGGCCAUGCAGCGACAAUUGCUGGCUUCUACAGCUGUGACGGUGUCAGAGGAUGGAGGAGACCUGCUUGAUAAUGGGCCAUGUCAGACAGUGGAAGAACUCCAGCAGCUGGACACUGAACUUGCCCACAAGGACAAACGAACCAAGAUGAUGAACUACCUUCGAUCCCUUGGGGGCUUAAAUUCUGGUGCUGCGGUCCGCAAAAUGUUGCGCAAGAUUGCCACAAAUGAGGUCUUGGGGGCCUACAGUCUGAAAGGAAAGAAGAAUAAACAGGCCUUCCAAGACCUACAAAUAUGCCACUUAGUAAUAGGAGCAACACAAAAAAACUUUAAGCACCUGAGGGCAACUGAUGUGGAGGACGAAAUUUCUCUUGUUUUAAAAUAUGCCCCACACAGACAUUUGAAAUGAUGAUGCGGAAGUGAAGAUAGUGGACUUGAUGGUGCUUCUGUAUUUUAAUGAAUUGUAGCCUAUAUAUUUCUCAUUCUACUUUUAAUAAAUAGUAAUUAUAAUGUUAUGUAUAAAAUUAAAUAUUACCAAUUAGUUUAACGUCUUAAAGUUAUUAUAAUUUUCUUUCAUUUUGUUUUAUUUGUAUGUUGUUUAAGGUUUUUUAUGUAGUUUAUAUAUAUAUAUCUCAUUCUACAUUUAAUAAAUAGUAAUUAUAUUAUUAUUUUAAAAUAAAAUUUUACCAAUUAGUUUAACGUCUUAAAGUUAUUAUUAUUUUCUUUCUAUUUGUUUUAUUUGUAUGUUGUUUAAGGUUGUUUAUGCAGUUUAAUUUAAUAAAUGUUGAUUUAUUUAACCUCAGUUCUUGUUCUUUGAGCAAUCAACAAUCUAUAACACAUGAUUUUAGACUUAUUUGUAUUCAUCAUAACAUAGAGGUUAGGAGAACGUUAGCGUAACGUUAGGAGAACGUUAGCGUAACGUUAGGAGAACGUUCCCCUAACGUUAGGAGAACGUUCCGCUAACGUUAGGAGAACGUUCCCCUAACCUACAGGGAACGUUCUAUUAACGUCAAGAAAACUUUCCUGGAAAACCAACAGGGAACGUUAGAAUAUCUGUUCUGGGAACCAUGCGCUAACGUUCCCAGAACGUUCUGGG